AACACUCACACUGCGCGAAUUUCACAACACACAAGACACAAAAAUAAAAACAAAAACACACAAACAAACAUACUUAUUGAUAAACGAAAUGAGUGCAUCUAAAGAAGCGAAAUCCCUCUUAAAGGACAUUAGGGACACAAUCAAGUUGGGCAAGCAUGCGGAGGCCAUUCCGAAAUGCCAACGCCUACUGAAAAUGGAGCCGAAAAAUGCCAUGGCCUACUUGUUGCUGGGGGCUGCCUAUCAAAAUCUGGACAAGGCUGAGGCGGCAAGGAGUUUGCGGAAAUCCAUUGAGUACACGGAGGGACCAGCCACGUCAGCGCUCCAAGGAUUGGCCAAUUGUGCGCCAAACGAUGAGCUGCCUGAAGUUUACGAUCAGCUGGCGGAUCUGCUACCAGAAAAGGCAUUGGACUACUGGGAUAAGCUCUUCUCUUUAGCUUCUGAUGCAAACAUAGCUCCAGCAUGUUUUAAAAUAUUUAAAAAAAGGACCCAUAAGACAGAGGACAUAAACUAUGCUAAAUUACAAGAUUAUUUGGGACGUAUUUGGUUCACACAUGAUUUUGAAAUCCCAACAGACGAAAAGGAACUAUACAAAACCACAAUGGAAGCUCUGCUUAAAAGCUCAGAUGCAAAUACGAAAAAUGUCGUGUACAAACGCUACUUGAAGUGGCUCUACAAGGAAAAGAAUUAUGCCGCAUGCGUGCGCCACGCCAUCAACAUGACCAUAUCCCAUCCCAAUGAUGUCUAUGGUUACGAGUGGAUCUGUAAAACGUAUUGCGAAAACCACGACCAAGAUUACAGCAAUGUAUGGCAGAAGGAGCUGAAACAUCCUAUAGAUUCGUAUGCCGAGAGGCUGCUUCAGCUGAAUCCCAAUUCCAAUCUAGCUCUGCUAAUCAAGGCGCUGCAGCAAUAUGCCAGUGGCCAGUUUGUUCCGGCCAGACAGCUCGCGUUGCAGGCCCAGUUGUCCCAACCAACCUACAAGGUAGCUCUGGAACUUCUAGCCCGAAUUCAUAUGGAGUUGGGAGCCUUUAGGCUGGCUCUGAAGCUGUGGCUGCAGCUGGGUCAGGAAGAUAAAGCUCUGGCAGAGUGUUUGUCAUACGAAAAAGACGAGUCCAAGAUAAAGGAAGCCAUUAGAGUUUUAAAAACUCUGGAAAAUUCACCGGCUAACGUUAAAACAUUAGCUCGUUGCUAUCAUAAACUGGGUGAGGUGCAUCAUCUUAAGGAUCUAGCCCUAGACGAUAUAGCUAAAGCAGAAUUUCUAUUAUCACCAGAGGAAGCCCUUUCGACCAUUGGCCAUGAUGAGUCCUUUGAUGCUCUGUUUCUUUGUGGAAAACUAAACAUGAAACUGAAGAACUACCCAGAUGCUUUGAACUGCAUUUUGAGGGCUACUCGUCUCCGACCGCAUUUCUCCGAAUGUUUCGAUUACCUGGGAAGGCUGUAUCCUCUGACUACAGGGGAUACGGCUCGGGCCAGAAAGUGCUACGAGAAGUGCAUCAGCCUGAAUCCUUUAGCGGAAGAAGCGGUAGACGCCCUGAGUUUUAUUUAUCAGGAGCUUGGUGAGGAGGAGCUGAACGAGGCGCUUUUGCUGAACACAGUGAACCACCUGAGCAGUGAGGAUUCCAUCCGCUUGCAGUACAAGCUGGGCCUCCACUUCCAGAAAGUCAAAAAAUGGGAUAAUGCCAUCCAAUGUUUCCGUGAUGCCAUAAAGCAGGACUCCAAGUGCAUGGUGUACUGGGAAUCGUUGGGCGACGCGUACGCAGCACGCGGCUCCUACAAUUCUGCCAUCCGGGUCUUCCAAAAAAUUCUCGAGCUUACCCCGGAGAACAGCUAUGCUCUGCUCCAGCUAGCUUCUAUAAAAACGAUUAUUCGAAUGUAUCCAGAAGCCAUUGAGGAUUUCAGUACUCUUUUAAAGCUGAAUCCUAUAUAUUUGCCUGGCUUGAAAGGAGCGGCCGAGGCACACAUAGGCUUGGCCAACAGCCUCAAAGCCCAGAACCUGUACGGUAGAGCCAAAGAGCACUGGCAGCUCUCUGUGGAAUACCUUCAAAAGGCAUUUCAUCAACCGGAAGCUCAUGGUAUGGUCUGGUUGUGGCGUUUGAUGGCCAGCGUAUUUGUCCAAACGGCCCAGCUGCCCCCUUCCCUGGCCAAUUUAGAUGUCGCUGGAAGCCUAGCGAAACGCGACGAACUUGUAACCUACUUGUCCCGCAAGGAUCUCCUCUUGUUGGCCCAGCGUUUCUAUCUGUGUGCCUUGAAACUGAAGCAGAAUACUUACUUGUGGUACGAACUGGCCUUGUCCACCUACUACAGCGCCGUUUACAUUCCCGAGGAAGCUAAAAGCCACUUGGAGACGGCGGAAAAAGUUUGCAAGAUGGCUAUCAAAGAAAGAGGAAAUCGGUGGCAAAACUGGAACCUCCUCGGUGUGAUUAAUAUGCACCCAGAUCAUGAGAACCUGCCCCUAGCCCAGCACUGUUUCAUCCAGGCGGUGGAGCUGGAACGCAAAAGUUUCACGGCUUGGACAAAUCUCGGGGUUCUGUACGUGAAGGUGAAAAACAUAAGGCUGGCCAACGAGGCCUUCACUCGUGCCCAACAGGCCUGCCCAACCUACGCUAAUGCCUGGAUAGGCCAGGCUAUGGUGGCGGAGACCAUUGGUGAACAGGAAGAGUCCUUUGACCUUUUCAGGCAUUGCCAGCAAUUUGAGUACCACCCGGAGGCGGCGAUUGGCUUCGCCCACUGGGUGUGCGAAGUGCUUUCCAAUCCGAAGUCCAUGGAAAAACCCCACAACAAGCAUGCCAUAGAGCACAUGCACGCUGAUGUCUCUGCCCUGGACGCCAUUAACUGGUUUGUCCAAAACGAAGAAGCAGAAACUAGUGUUGCGGCGCUCACCUUUCAAGGAUUCCUGUGCGCCCGUAAAAAGCUGUAUCGUCUGGCAGUGGAAGCCUUCUCCCGGGCUUGCAAGCUAUGUGAGCCGGGUGCAGACCGGGACAAGUUGUACACCAAUUUGGGAUACCUGUAUUUGCAGCUCAAUGAACCUGAAAAAGCAGUUAAUGCUUUGAAUACUGUGGCCCAUGCCACGUUCAAGCCAAUCAUCGGUCUGGCCUUGGCGUAUUUUCGGUCUGGACAGUUGCAGGAAUCGUAUUCUAUUUAUAACUCGGUGCUGAGGAAUGUAGAGGGCCAGGAUGAUGAUAAGGCUUCAACCAUAUUGGUGGCCAUGGCCUCCAUGAUCUACGCAUUUCAGGGCGAGGCAGACACCAAGACUCUCCUCUAUCAGUGUAUUCUUCUAAAAGAAGUGCCCAUACAGGCUCUUUAUUCCUCCUAUGCCUUGGGCAUACUUCAUCGGGACAACGAGCUAAGCCGUAUGGUGAUGGCGGAGUUAAAGGCUUAUGACCAUAACGAGGAGUGUUGUGAUGAGAUUUCCUAUCUAACUGCCCACUACAUCCUUAUAAAUGAUGGCACCAAUGAGGCCUUGCGCUACUUGCAGACCCGUGUUCGAAUGUUUCCCCAGUCUACUAACCUUCGUAAGGUGUUCUUAAAGUUUCUACUAGAUUACUAUGUUCAGGAUCCCUCCCUUAAACUAGCCACAUCCAAUGUGGCACUGCUAGCCCUUACCCUAGGGCAUACUAAACUGCAACAGAGCAUUGAGGCCAGUGAGGAAGCGGAGACGAUUAUCUACGCCAGCAAGGCCGUAGGUCCCGUGGACAAGGCACUCUCCUCCAAAUUAGUGCAGCGCGCUAUCCGACUGAACCCAACCAACCAGCAGGCUAGAAAAUUACUUGCCUCUAUUAUUGCCCAUUAACAUAAAUACAU